UUUCGCUGUUGCUACUGUGGAUACAUGAAUGCGCCAAAGAAGGUGCGUCAGAAGACUACUGUUCCUCCCAUUCUGACGCAGUCCAUUUCGGUUUCUCAGCCACCUUCUGAGGACUCGGAGGUUCGGAUGCGCAAGUUAUCCACAAUGAGCUUGAAUGAAGACCAACUGGGUUCUAUUAAAACUAUCAACACUAGCCUGGGGGCAGUACUGGACUCCGAACAAAAACCAGAAAAACCUCUGAGCGCUUCUUCGGAUAAAUUAAAUACGCUUUAA